AUGCUAGUAUAUUUUAAGCAAUAUUAUUUAGGCUAUUGAUGCAAAACCAUUUUAUAGUGAAAAUUAAUUUACAGAAAAAAAUAUUGAUAGAGAAUUAAUAAAAUGUUAUGCAGGGUUUGAAAUAUCAUUAAGAAACUAGCCCAAUUAUUAUAUAUCUACAGGAAGAUGGGGUUGCGGAAUUUUUAGAGGCAAUCCUUACUUAAAGACAUUGAUUUAAUUUUUAAGUUUCGCUAUUGCAGUUAAUUAAGUAAAUCAAUAACAAUCAAAAAUAAUUUUCAAUUGCGUAAAUGACUAGUCUUUAUUUAAUUUUGGAGUUUAGUUAAAGAAAUUAUUAGGUCAAAAAGGAGUAUAGCUUAAUUUAAUAAAUCUCAAGAAAUCAAUAUUGUAUAUGUAAAAUGGAAUAAAUGAAUAAGCAUUUUAUAUUGAAGGAAAUAAUAUUAUAAGCUAGAUAUACACAAUUUUGACUCAGGACAUUUAAUAAAUAUAAAAAUUAAGAUUAGGAAAUGAUGAUGAUGUAAUUUAAGCCUAAGUUGAUUAAGAAAUUAAAUAAGUACUAGUAAAUGCUCCAAUUAUUGAAGAAAAUAAAGAAAUUAAGAUGUUGAAUAAUUAAGAAAAAAAAAAUAGAAAUUAUUAGGUAAUAGCCAUUAUUAUUGCUUUUGCUGUUGGAGUCUUUACUUACAAAAAAGUUUUUAAAUGA